UCGUGCCUUUAGAUGACAUCACACCUUAGAACUCAUUCGACUAGGUGACACGUCAUACAGUAGCUUGCACAGCAUACCUCUCUGAAGUCCGGAUUUACCACAAACUUUACAGGUAGGAUCAUGUCUGUACUUACAGAGAAAAUACUCUCCGAUUUUGUGGAUUCUUCUCAAAAGAAGGAUUUUUAUGAGAACCGUGGGAAAAAUGCCACGGAGCUAAAUUCAUGUGCUGAUUUAAAACUCAAUGCAGCUGGUAAAUAUUCAAACAGCAGCCUGCAAACUAAGACAGGGAACCAUUUUCACAGUUUAGAGGACUCUUCACAAGAGGAUAAACAAGAAUCAGCCAGUGGAAAAAAUGAAACUCAGAUUUCUGAUUUAAAACCCAACGGGGCUUUUUGUGUGGAUGAACUUGUAGGAGUUGACAGCAGUCUGCAGACUGUGCGUCCAGAAAACUCUACAGAACAAGAUUGCUGUGGCAUCGGAGACAAAGAGCAAACGCCACAUGCUGAUUUAAGUCCCAGUGCAGCUAUUAGAUAUCUAAAUGAAAUGUAUAUCUGGGCUGAUAGCAGUCAGCCGACAGCAGAAACUUUCCACAGUUUAGAGGACUCUUCUCAAGAGGAUGAAAAGUCAGUCAGUGGAACAAACGAAAAUCCAGUUUCUGCUUUUAAACCCAACGUGAUCUUUAAAUGUGACGAUGAAACUGGAAAGACUGAAGGCAAUCUGCAGACUUUAAGUCCAGAAGAUUUAUCAGAACAGAAUGACUAUUAUGGUACCAGUGAAACAAACGCCCCCAAGCCAAAGCCAACAGCUGAUUUAAACCUUAAUGCAGUGAUUAAUUAUUUAAAUGGAGUUUAUAGCAUGUGUAAUAGCAUUCAGCAGCCAAAUCAAAAAGAAAGCCAGGAAGAAAGAUUAGCUAAACACGUAAAACUCCUGGAAGAAGAAAUUCUCAAACUCAGAGAUCGUUGUAACACACAACAGAAACAGAUCCAAGAUCAUAAGGAUGAAAAGCAAAAGAUUAAGAGAGAGAAAUUAUCAUUAGAAAAGCAGAAACGCCAACUUGAAACAGCAAAGUGGAAGGUUGAACAGGAGCGGCGACAAGUGCAGAAAGAGAAAGAAACGUUGUGUAAUGAAAAAAAUACACUUGAGGACAUCAAGCUACAGCUGAGAGAAGAGACUGAACUACUGGAAGAAGGGAAAAGAUUAUUUAAAAUUAAAACUAAAGAGUUUGAAAAGAGAAAAGCAGAUGAAACGUUACACGUAGCUUUGGCACGUCUGAGGGAAAUGAAAUACCAGUCUGGCACCACGAAAUAUCUGGGAAAACUUAAAAUACAGUCAGAGACCAUGGAUCGUCUAGACGAACAUAUGGACUUUUUUGAAGAUUUGAAACAAACAUUAGAGAGAAAGCAAAGCCAGUCUGAAGCAGCAGAAGACUCAGACGAAUUUAAACAUCCAGAUAAACUAGAUGAACCGUUCAAAGACACUCAACUACAACUGGACGAGCUGAAACCUGACCCAGAUGUAAAAACACAUCUGGAUGAACAGAAUUCGCACUCAAGCGUGAUGAAACGUCUAGAUGAACAUAUGGACUUUUUCCAGGAUCUUCAGCUACAGUUAGAUAAAAAGCAAAGGCAGUCUGAGGAAAUAAACGACUCAGACAAAUUUAAACAUCCAGAUGAACUAGAAGAACUGUUCGAAGACGUUAAACUACAACUGGAUCAGCUGAAACCUGACUCAGAUGUAAAAACACAUCUGGAUGAACAGAACCUGUACUCAAGCGAGGUGAGACGUCUAAAUGAACAUAUGGACUUUUUUGAAGAUCUUAAACAAACAUUGGAGAGAAAACAAAAACAGUCUGAGAUCACAAAACAUCUGGACGAACCUCAAACACGGUCUGAGACCUCUAGACAUCUGGACGAACAUUUUUUUGAGGAUCACAAACAAAAACUAGAAAAUAAACGAGAGCAGUCUGAGGAAAUAAAAGACUCAGACAAAUUUAAACUCCUGGAUGAUUGGUUGGAAGAAAUGGAACAUCUGGAUGAUCAGAAACCAGACUCAAACAUAGCAACACAUCUGGAUGAUCAGAAACCAGACUCAAACAUAGCAACACAUCUGGAUGAUCAGAAACCAGACUCAAACAUAGCAACACAUCUGGAUGAUCAGAACGUGUACUCAAGCGUGAUGAAACGUCUAGAUGAACAUAUGGACUUUUUCCAGGAUCUUCAGCUACAGUUAGAUAAAAAGCAAAGGCAGUCUGAGGUUAAAAACGACUCAGACAAAUGUAAACAUCCAGAUGAACUAGAUGAAGUAGUUGAAGACGUUAAAGUACAACUGGAUGAGCUGAAACCUGACUCAGAUGUAAAAACACAUCUGGAUGAACAGAACGUGUACUCAAGCGUGAUGAAACGUCUAGAUGAACACAUGGACUUUUUCCAGGAUCUUCAGCUACAGUUAGAUAAAGAGAAAAACAGUCGGAGGCAGCAAGAGACUCAGACAAAUUCAAACAUGUGA